AUGAUUGUCGCUCUUGAAUACAUUCACUUGCAAGGUUUUGCCUAUCGUGACAUCAAGCUAGAAAAUGUUUUGUUGGACGCCGAAGGACACGUUAAACUCGUUGACUUUGGUUUGUGUAAGAAGUUAGGUGCUCGAGGACGAUCAAAAAGUUUUUGUGGAACUGAAGAGUACAUGGCUCCGGAGGUAAUAGCCCGCACCGGUCACAAUACAGCCGCCGACUGGUGGGCUCUAGGCAUUAUGGCCAUUGAAUUACUGUCGAUGGAGACCCCUUUCGGUACCAACGAUGAAAAUGGAACUAUCAUAAAUAGAAUUAUGAACGAGGAACCGUAUAUGCCUGCAGAUAUUUCAACAGAAAUGAAAGAUUUCCUAACGAAGAUUUUACAUAAAGAUCCUUCCAUUCGAUUGGGUGGUAGCGAGGCUCGAGCAACGGAAUUAAAGAAGCAUAAGCUAUUCGAUGAUCUCGACUGGGACAGACUGAAAAGGAGGGAAAUUGCAUGUCCAGCUGAUCCUCCGAAAAUAACACAUCCAUUCGAUACACAAAAUUUUAGUGUAGAAUUUACACAGCAGCCACCUACGUAUUCGCCCACUGACACGCCACAAAAUUCAUUUUUAACCUUCAAAGGAUACUCGUAUAUCGCCCCAGAAUUGCAACCUGCUCAUAAUUUGAUUGGCGACAACUGGAACUCAUUUGCACGGCACAUUCUAAACAAUUGCGAUCCGAAUUCAGAGUUCCAUAAAAAAUACAAAUUUACAUCGCAUCAACCACUUGGUACCGGUAAGUCGUCGACGUGCAUGAAGUGCUACAAUUCAUCUGACGACAAUUACUAUGCGGUUAAGAUUUACAAACGUAUGGGCCAAAAUGAGAAUGAAAUUGAUUUUUUGCAAAAAGCAGCUCAUGUGUCGGGUGUAGUUCAAAUGGUUGAACUGCUUACUGAUUCAAAGUGUACAUAUCUGGUCAUGGAACUGAUUGACGGUGUGAAUUUGCUGGAAUGUUUUAGUACAACGAUUUCGUAUGCAGGAUUGUUUUGCGAAGCCAUUGAUAAAAUAUUGGAAAUUUUGGAAAACGUCCAUGAAAUUAAAUAUACACACCGCCGCAUUUGCUUCAAAAACAUAUACUUUUUGAAACAAAGCAGAGAAUUUCGCUUCAUCGGCUUCGGUAAUACCAAGCCAAUAACUGGAGCACAAGACAAACAGAUCGAUUAUUGGUCGAUGGGCGUAUGCCUUUAUACGCUAUUGUGUGGUCAUUCACCAUUUAACUCGUCAAUUAUUGAUGUUGCUGCCAAAUUAAUCGAAAAUAACAAGUUUGAUGAGAACUCUAAGCAAUGGUCAGCAUUGCACAGAGACGUUAAAGGUUAUAUCCUGCAAUUGCUUCGUAGUUCGACUUCGACUUACAGUUCGGGUGCAUUGAAGAAUGUGAAAGAUAUUUCCUUUGUAGUCCAUUGUAGUAAAGAGCUACUAGACGAAAAUAAGAACGUUGUCGAAAUUCGUGCCCGCAAAUUGGAAACUAAAACUGUUAUUGAAACUCAAGUAAACUCUGAGGUUAAUGGCAACAUGCCGGUUGACAUUCAGGACAGUAUAAUGAAUGUAGAGGCGAACGACAUCGAUAAACCUCAAUUACCGAGAAUCAUUGCUGAAGAAUCUGAAAACAAUAAACUUAAUGGUCACUUGCAGAAUUUGAGUUCCAAGCGCAGAAUAAGUCGAAUAGUUGAAGAUGAACCGAACAAGUACAAAAAGUUGAAGCGAGUCAACGUUGAAUCAGGAAGUUCAUUUUAA